UAAACAAGACCGCUUUGUAUUUAGUUAGCAAGAAGGAAGAGAGCGGCGGUUGGUGUGGUUGGCGAGGGUGACAACUCAGUGUCAUGUUUUGAGACUGAGGGGUUCGGAGGGGCGUUCACAGAAAUAGAGGGAGUAAGGCCUCCUCCCCCAUCUGCGGCUACCUUCCCUUCUUGCCCCUUCCCUUCCCCCUCAGCCUCGUUCAGUCACCCUAUUGAUUGAUGAGGGCUGUCGGCCACGAACUGAUCGAGGCUUGUUAAUUGCAUUUGUCAAAUGCAGGGAAAUUGGGAAUUAGUGAGAUUGGAGAAGGGAGUUUGGAAAACAAAUGACUCUCGUGCCUAAGGAGAUUCAUUUUGCUGAAAAUGCCUCCGGAGCCCCUGGAGUCGGGGAGCUGCUCGCGUGGGCCUGGACCUACUGCACAGUCGAAGCUAGCAGGCACCAUGUCACUUCUGCCUUCUGUGAAGCCAUCAGCAAAUGGUCAGCUGUAUGAGAGGCACAGGUAAAAGGAAAGUUGUUGGCCGGGUUGCCACAUAAGCAGGGGUGCUGCUGGGGUGAAAACAACACUGGAGGCAGUAGCCCUCCUGCUGAGAACUGGAUCCUACCAAGAACGUCCAGGACUUUGAGAACCAACAAGUGUAUGGAAGAGGUCUGACCGACGGCCAGUGCUGAAAUAACCCACCACCUGGUGCCCAGGCUCCUCUGAUCACCCUCCAUGAGAAAGGAAAGUGAAUCCAGAGACCCCAGUGCGUCUUACCAAGCCCGUGAAGUCCAGUUGACUGGGGACACCUUUUGGAACAGUCCAGCAGUGUGAGCGUGGUUGUUCUGGCUUCCGUCAGCCAUGUCCUUCAGUGCCACCAUUCUCUUCUCCCCUCCCAGUGGCAGCGAAGCCAGAUGCUGCUGCUGUGCCUGUAAGAGCGAGACUAGUGGGGGCAGCACGGGCUCUCAGGGCGGGAAUCCUCCUUCCAGCACACCUAUCUCAGUGACCGGACAUGGCCUGGCGGUUCAGAGCUCAGAGCAGCUCCUGCAUAUUAUCUACCAGCGAGUGGAUAAGGCAGUUGGUCUGGCUGAGGCUGCUCUGGGUCUUGCCAGGGCCAACAAUGAAUUGUUAAAACGUCUCCAGGAGGAAGUGGGUGAGCUGAGGCAAGGGAAAGUGUCCACCCCUGAGGAAGAUGGGGAGAGCCGGGCACAUGGUUCCCCACCUGAGGAGCCUGGGCCUCUCAAGGAGAGUCCCGGGGAAGCCUGCAAGGGUGUGUCUGCCGUGGAAGAGGAGUGUGACAGCGUGGGCAGCGGUGUGCAGGUGGUGAUUGAAGAGCUGCGGCAGCUGGGAGCCGCCUCGGCUGUGGGGCCUGGGCCCUUGGGCUUCCCAGCCGCUCAGAGAGACAUGCGGCUCCCAGGAUGCCCCCUGGCUGCCAGCGAGGGAGCCCCGAUGCUCAAUUCCCUGGUGGAUGAUUUUGUGGCCUCUGAGGGUGCAGUACAGCGGGUGCUGGUCCCUGCUUAUGCCAAGCAGCUCUCACCAGCCACACAACUGGCCAUCCAGCGGGCAACCUCAGAGACGGGGCCAGAAAAUGGAACCAAGCUGCCACCGCCCCGCCCCGAGGACAUGCUCAGUGCUGCUGCUGCGCUGGACUUGGAAGAGUCGGGCCCCGGAGCAACUGGGGAGCUGAGACACUCUCUGGGGUUUACUGCUUCCCCGUGCAGGACCAGAGGGAGUGGGCAGAAGAACUCCAGGCGCAAGCGGGAUCUGGUCCUCUCUAAAUUGGUCCACAAUGUGCAUAACCACAUCACCAAUGACAAGAGAUUCAAUGGGUCUGAAAGCAUCAAGUCUUCUUGGAAUAUUUCAGUAGUGAAGUUCCUUCUGGAAAAGCUCAAGCAGGAGCUGGUGACCAGUCCCCACAAUUACACUGAUAAGGAGCUGAAAGGAGCCUGUGUAGCCUACUUCCUUACUAAGAGGCGCGAGUACCGCAACUCCCUGAACCCCUUUAAAGGCCUGAAGGAAAAAGAGGAGAAGAAACUUCGAAGUCGCAGAUACCGGCUUUUUGCCAACCGAUCCAGUAUCAUGAGGCAUUUUGGACCUGAGGACCAACGCCUGUGGAAGGAUGUGACAGAAGAGCUGAUGUCAGAUGAAGAGGACAGUCUUAAUGAGCCGGGUGUCUGGGUGGCCCGGCCUCCCCGUUUCCGGGCCCAGCGCCUCACAGAGCUCUGCUACCACCUGGAUGCCAACUCUAAGCAUGGCACUAAAGCCAACCGUGUGUAUGGGCCUCCCUCAGACCGACUACCUUCCGCUGAGGCCCAGCUCCUUCCACCAGAACUUUAUAAUCCUAAUUUCCAAGAAGAGGAAGAUGAGGGAGGUGAUGAGAAUGGACCUGUCUCCCCAUCUUUUGACCAACCCCACAAAACUUGCUGUCCUGACUUGAACUCGUUCAUUGAAGUCAAGGUGGAAAAGGAUGAGUGAAAUCUAUAACCAAGAGUAACUCUGGGUUCUGCUACUCCCCAUGUCCCAGAAAUGGGCGGCUGUGGGGCUUCCCAGAAUAACAAAAUGUCCUCUGCAGUCGGAGAAAGCAAAGCUGCCUCUCUUCUUAACACAGUCCCCACUGGAAAUGGAAGCUGGCAGCUCUGGCGGGAUAAAAGGACUUAUCUAGAAGGGGGAAAACUCUCCCCAUUGUGAAUGGCAAGCCAGAAAAUGCUUAUUCCUAAGCGUACACAGUGCCUCGGAGGAGCCUAGGAUGAGAAAAGGAGGAGGAUGGGUCUAAAAAACAUGAGGCCUUCUUGACACAU